UUGAGGUCUGUACGUGAAUCUUGGCACGCUCGCAGUUUGAAGGAACAAAACACGGAGGGAUUGACUUUUUCCACAUGCAACGAUGUUUUCAAACUAGGAUCCAUCAAGCGACAAGGACUUUAAUCCACAUCGACCAUGAAGAAGAAGUAGUAGGAGGGACCUCUGCUCCUGCACUUUGACGAUCUGUUUGUGCAGCUUGUGUACAAAUAAAUAGUCCGAGUAUAAAUCCAAAGCUGCUUUGUGUAACACACAUGCACCACAGAGUGGAUUUCUGAUUUAAGGAAGCAUGAUUAUGAGGAAAAUUCAACCAGGAACCUGCAGAGCAUGGCUGUCCCGGGUUUCUCUGAGGCAGGAGCUGUAUUUCUCCUCCUCCUCUGUGCCCCCCCAACCGGUGCCUCCUCUGAUCCAGACCCUGCAGAGCUACCUGAGGAGCCUGGAGCCCCUGCUGCCCCCUGAGGAGCUCAGCCACACCCGCAGGAUGGUGCAGGAGUUCGGCCGGGCGGGUGGCCUUGGUGCACGGCUGCAGGAGGGGCUGGAGAAGAGAGCCAGGAAUACCAAGAACUGGAUCGCACCCUGGUGGGCUCAGUGGGCGUACCUGGAGAGCAGACAGCCGCUGCCUGUGCACUCGAACCCGGCCAUCUCUCUGCCCAGGAGAGAUUAUAACGACUGGAGGAGCCAGUUAGUGUUCGCAUCCAAACUGAUCGCAGCAGUUCUGGACUUCAAGGCCAAAGUCAGCACCGGGCAGCUGCCGGUGGAGUACAUGCGGGAGAAGCCUCUGUGCAUGGAGCUCUACCCGCUCCUCUUCUCCUCCUGCAGGAUCCCCGGCCCCAAACACGACAGCAUCGUCCAUUACGGACGCUCCCGCCGCUCGCCGACUCACAUCACGGUCGUCAGGAACUACCAGUUCUUCCAGCUGGAGGUUUACAACAGCGACGGCUCUCGGAUGACGGAGAGUCAGAUCCACAGCCAGCUGCUGCGGAUCAGGUCUCAGUCCUGGAAGACGGACAAAGAGCCGAUGGGGAUCCUGACCAGCGAGCACCGCCACACCUGGGGACAGGCCUACAACCGUCUGCUGAGAGAUAAACUAAACAAGGAAUCAGUGCGGUUGAUAGAGACCGGACUUUUCUCUUUGUGUCUGGAUUCUCCAGUCAUGAGGAUAUCAGAUGAAAAGUAUGCCAGCCGUAAAGCAGCGCAGGUUCUUCACGGAGGCGGGACGUUCUCCAACAGCGGCAACCGCUGGUUUGAUAAAACGCUGCAGUUUGUGGUCGGCGAGGACGGCUCGUGGGGUCUCCUGUAUGAAGCCGCCACAGCGGAGGGUCCGCCCAUCGCAACACUGCUGCAUCACAUCCUCGAGUACUGUGAGAAACCCGACCCAAAGAGAGCGCCGCUCAUCCCGCUGGCGAUGCCAAAGAAGCUUUACUUUCACAUCGACCGAGAGAUUAAGAGGGACAUCGAGCACGCCAAGCAGAACCUCGAUAUAUUGAUCAACGACCUCGACGUGAACGUGUUCAACUUUAAGAGGUUCGGUAAGGAGCUUCCCAAGCAGCACGGCAUGAGUCCCAACUCCUUCAUCCAGGUCGCCCUGCAGCUCGCCUACUACAGAGUCCAUAACGAAGUGUGUCCUUCCUGUGAUAUCGCCUCUCAGAGGAUGUUUCGGAGCGGAAGGACAGCUUACAUCCGCUCGCCCACAAAUCAGACGCUUAAGUUCCUUCUUGCCUUCGAUGAUCCGACUGUAACGCGUGAAGCGAAGCUGCAGCUGUUCACAGAAGCUGUCGAUGCCUACACGGCUCUGACUAAACAGGUACUUAACGGACACGGCAUCGACCACCACCUGCUGGGGCUGAAGCUGCAGGCCAUCGAGGACGGACUGAGCAUCCCCAAAGUUUUCAUGGACACGGCGUACGGCCUUGCCACGCACUGGAAACUCCGGACAGGACAGGUGCCUGCCAACACGGACAGCGUGAUGUGUUUCGGGCCCCUCGUUCCAGACGGUUACGCCAUUUGCUACAACCCACAGGCGGACCACGUCCACUUCUCCAUCACUGCCUUCAACUGCUGCGAGGAGACGCACGCAGAGACUUUAGCUCUCACCCUGAAGGACACUCUGUGUCAGCUACAGGAGCUACUGCAGCCUACCGUGUAGAGCUGCACACUCGCCUUCACCUGGGGGGACAAAAAAAUAUUUUCUUAUAACAACAUUUUGCAGGAGUCUUGAUGAGGCUUGUUUUGGAUGUGUUCUUGUGCAUGUAACGCUUCAGCUGUUAGAGUUUUGAAGACUGAACAGGGUGUCUCUGAGGUGCUUUUGAUGCUUUUUUAUUAAAGCUUUUGAUGGAGCAAUGAAUUACUUUCCUUUUCUAGCAAGAGCCAAGCAAGCAAGCUGCAUUAUAUUCGUUACAGUGGAUGAACUUAACUCAAUAUGUUGGUGUGAAAAGAAAAAAGUGAACCUGACACUCCAUCAGUAAUCAGAAAAAGUUUAAACCGACUGCACUCCUUUUACAAGCCAUGAUGUGACCAGCAGACUUCUUAUUCAGGAUACAUGUGUUUCAUGUGUUGCACUGCCAUCAGAUUUAAAUGACAAACAUUUAUAAAAAAUAAUUUUGUAGGUCAAAAAGUCUAUUAGAAAUGGACCAAAGGCUGGUAGUUAAUGGUGACAGCGUAAAGAGGUGACAGGAGUCGAGCAACCUGAACUUAGGGUGUAUUUACUUCAUGUUGAAAUGGAUGUGAAAGAGGCUUUGGUGUGUUGUUCUGCUCUCAACCUGCAGGAUUGGUUAAUAAAACCUGUUGU